GAACGGAAACAUUUUCGAAUAAAAACCGCGACCAAAUUUCUUCGCAACAGUCUCUCUUUCGGAUAAAAGAAAGCUGAGUAAAAUGUCGACGCAAAAGGGUAAUCGGCGAUCAUCCUUUUCUUCAUCGACGACUUCGUCUUUAGCCAAACGACAUGCAUCGUCAUCGGAGAAUGUGGGAAGAGUCAUAGCUUCUUUGGCUAAAAAGAGAGUCCCUCUUACUAACAUUACUAACCAAAAGCAGAGCUCAAGCUCAAAAAGCUCGGCUUUGGCCUCCUCUUUGGUACAAAGUUCAAACAAAAUCCAAAAGGCAAGGAAGACACAGUCUGUUACAAAUGUAGGUCUUUCAGGACAUGUUCUGCCUCCUAUAAAUGAAAGACGCAGUUCAGUUUUGCCUCCCAAGGUUGUUCCAUCUCUGCCAACAGGAAAUGAAGUGGUGUUGCCUCCUCCACCAGUACAGUGUAGCAUGGAGUUUUCUCCUAGUAAAUCAGAUGGACUAUCAUCAGUUUCCUUGGAUGAGACAAUGUCCACUUGUGAUUCUUUCAAAAGCCCUGAAGUUGAAUAUAUCGACAACCAUGAUGUUUCAGCUAUCGGUUCCAUUGAGCGAAAAACAUUCAGCAAUCUCUGUAUUUCGGACCAUGAUGUAGUAGCAACAGGAAGUAUUUGCAAUCGAGAUGCUGUGGCAGAGAAGGACGCCGAUGAUAUGGUAAUUGAUGUUGAUGACAAUUUCAUGGAUCCCCAGCUUUGUGCAACAUUUGCUUGUGAUAUUUACAAGCACCUACGGGCAUCCGAGGUGAAGAAAAGGCCUUCGACCAACUUCAUGGAGACGAUUCAGAAUGACAUAAAUUCCAGCAUGCGUUCAAUACUAAUUGAUUGGCUUGUAGAAGUGGCUGAAGAGUAUAGGCUUGUGCAGGAUACACUAUACUUGACGGUGAGCUACAUAGAUCGGUACCUCUCGGGGAAUACGAUGAACAGGCAGCGGCUACAGUUACUUGGUGUUGCCUGCAUGAUGAUUGCUUCCAAAUAUGAGGAGAUUUGUGCCCCUCAGGUGGAGGAAUUCUGCUACAUAACUGAUAAUACAUAUUUCAAGGAUGAGGUUCUAGAAAUGGAAUCAUCUGUUCUGAAUUACUUGAAGUUUGAAAUGACUGCCCCAACAGCUAAAUGUUUCUUAAGACGGUUUGUUCGUGCUGCUCAAGGGAUCAAUGAGGUUCCAUCAAUGCAAUUAGAGUGCAUGGCCAACUACAUUGCUGAACUGUCUCUCCUUGAGUACAAUAUGCUUUGCUACCCUCCAUCACUCAUUGCUGCAUCCGCAAUUUUCCUUGCUAAAUUUAUACUUCUUCCAUCAAAGAAACCUUGGAAUUCUACCUUGCAGCAUUACACACUGUAUAAGCCCUCCGAUCUAUUUGAGUGUGUUAAGGACCUUCAUAGACUAUGCUGUAACAACAACAAUUCUACUUUGCCUGCAAUCAGGGAGAAAUACAGUCAGCAUAAGUAUAAAUGUGUUGCAAAGAAGUAUUGCCCUCCUUCAAUACCUUCAGAUUUCUUCCACAACUGAAGAAGGCAUUGGACACCAUCAGCAACAGCACAACUGUUCCAAUUCUUUGUUGGAUAAACUUUUAAUGGGGUCGAGACCACCAAAUAUAAAUUUCUACGUUCUAACUUAAUUAAAUAGUAGUAUAAAGUAGUAGGUCGAUCCCAAAGGAAUUAGGAUUUCUAAUUUUCCUGUUUUUGUAAUCAAAUUUUUGAAAAAUAAAUAAAAAGGUGGGGUUUUAGUUGAUAA